UAUGGAACUUCGCUAGUUACCAAUAUGGACGAGAUUGUGAGAAAUGCCCUUAAGCAUUACAAAAAGUUACCUGCAUCUGAUAAAACGGAAAUUGGGCUCCUGAAAUCUCGUAUUGAUGAGCAGAGUAAUUUAAUCAUGAUUUUAAAGACAAGGGCAGAUGAUGAAUAUAAACGUCGGAAAGUGUUCGAAGAUCUUGUUGACGGUCUUCAGCAUACAAUUAAUGAUUACGAAGAGCAGGUUGAAGCUGUUAAGUUGAAGUUUAGACUACUUGAAGAGAAGUUUGAUGUUUUGGCCUCAAAUCACCAUGAGAUGAUCCAAAUAAAAAACGAAUACAAACAACAGAAUGAAAAGUUUCGUAUGAAGUAUGAAAGUAUCUUGAAGAAAAUCGGUAUCUUCAAGGAAAUCGGUCUGCAGAAAAAGCUCAAGCUGAAAACUGACGCGGAGUUUAUUGAAAGCCGAAACAAUUGGAAUUCUGAAAAGGAGUCAUUUGAGCGACAACUGACAUCCCUUAACAAAGUUCUGGAUGCCUCUAAUCACCAUGAGAUGAUUCAAAUAAAAGACGAAUACAAACAACAGAAUGAAAAGUUUCGUAUGAAGAAUGAAAGUAUCUUGGAAGAAAAUCGGUUUCUUCUGGGAAAUCGGUCUGCAGAAAAAGCUCAAGCUGUUAAAACAUUAAAUCAAACCAUCGAACAGUUGCAAAAGGAGUUACAGGCAGUCAGUCAUGAUAAAAGGAAAACUGACGCGGAGUUUAUUGAAAGCCGAAACAAUUGGAAUUCUGAAAAGGAGUCAUUUGAGCGACAGCUGACAUCCCUCAACAAAGCUCUGGAUGGUAAAGAAUUUAAAAUCUGA